UCUGAGGGCAUAAAAAGGUGAGAGGCGGCUGUGGUCUGUCCUCUCUGUUUCCCCACCGCUUUAUAUCGUCUUUCCACCAGCUCACCGAAAGGCUACCUCAUUUGCGUUGACUCUAAAUGAGCAGCCUUCCCACCCAAGUCAUCCUAACGGUCUGAGAACGAAGCAAACAAACACGCUCACCGGCAAAGACGCAUGAGAGAGACUAAGAUCAUGGUUCAGCUGUCACCAUCUCGGACCAUAGAGACGUUGACUCCGUCAGAGUUGACCUUGGAGAAGGAGGAUGGCCAGGGCAGCCCUAAAUCCGAGUCCCCUCGUGUGCUUACCGCCCUCCAGUUCACCCUUAGCCCCACCUCGACCACCUACUACGGCUACGAGAAAUACAUCGAGGACGGCCUCAUCUGCCUCAAGCACAAGAUCCGUAACAUUGAGAAAAAGAAGCUGAAGCUGGAAAGCUACAGUGAGAGGCUGAAGAAGGGGGACAAACUUAAUCCAGACCAACUGGAAGCUGUGGGGAAGUACGAGGAGGUAGUCCACAAUCUUAAGUUUGCCAAAGAGCUCCAGAAGUCCAUUGGUGCCCUCACACAAGAUUUGUUGAAGGCUCAGCGCAAAGUUGCUCGACAAGAGAAGGUGAUGAGGAUUGAAGAAGAGAGGAAACGUCUGAGCUUGAUGCUCCAGGUGCAAUACGUCCUCCACAGUCUGCAGAGAGAGGACGUCCGGAGGAACUUCUGCAACACGAGACAACAUUCCCGUUACCUGUCCACACAGGACAUGGAGAGCUUGCUGGAUCUGGCGUCAUUAUUGGGAUGCAAAAGAGACCAUAGCAUGAGUUUAGAGGAUCAGAUGGAACAGGCUGCUAUUGUUUACUUGGAGCUUCUGGAAGGGAAAGAAGGACCAGUUGCUGGCUCAACAUAUAAGCACAUGAAGGAGAAGCUACUUCGGCUAGUGGACUGUGGCUUUUUUGAUCACAUACCACUUCCUAAAGUUGACCGUCAAGAGAAGACUGAGACCCUGAAGGCGGACCCUCCAUCAAGGCCUUGUGGCCUCUCCACACUGGUGAAGCUGAGCUCAAAAGAAGUGCCUUCGAAAGAGUUUCUUAACAGACGAUACCUACCUGUAACAGACGUCACCGAGCGCAGACAGGAUGAGAACGCGUCGCCCCGUAGUUGGAAGGAGGAGUUUUUGGCCAUGAAGGAAAGGGAGCCCCCAGACUCAUGGGAAAUGGAGCUUUCUGGUCCUCCUGCAUCCUCUCAGUCCCCCAUACAGAAGCCAUGGAAAGGGGCAGCAGGAUUGAUUCCCAAGACUGCAGACAUCGUAAAGAGACCCACUGUUGACCCCAAGGAGAAACCAAGGAAGAGCAAGGGGGAGCAGGACUCUAAACCGAUGCCUGUCGCAGUGGAAGUCUUCAGCUCUCCAGCUCCGUUACCGAAAGACCCUGCUCAGCGCAAACAGCAGCUGGAGUCUCUGAUGGACCAGAUCUCAGGAUCCUUCAGCUUCAUGCAGGAGUCUCUCCUGGAUGGAGAAACGUCCCCCAUAAACAGUCAAACAAAGAGAUGCCGUCCAUCUCCAGGUUCCUCUACUCCUCUUGCACAGAGGGAAUUAACAAAAAGCCCAUCAGAUAUUCUGCCUCAAUCCCAGCGGAGCACUCCACUACAGAUCCUGCUGUCUGGAGAGGCUAAAGGUUGUCUGUCAAAUGGAGACCGCUCUAUAAACGGCUCUGACCUUGACCUACACCAUGAAGAGAAGCCACAUAAGCAAGGUGAGGGCUUCACCUCUCCUCCACUGUACCGCAGGGGAUCCUCCAUCUCAGUCCCAUUAGAAAACCAGAGCACUGUACAGGUUGGAAAGCAGACAUUAUGCAAUGGAGUAUCAACCACUGUGUCUGCCCCGACAUUUUCCACUCCACCCAGUCACAGAUCUAUCAGUGCAGAAAACACCUUCCACAACAUUCACUCAGUGUUUAAUGUGGCGUCUUUGCCCAUUAGUGAGAGCUCAGGGAUGAAGUCAGAUGAGAGCGGAUUCUCAGAGUCCAUGCAUCUGAGUUACACAUCAGCCAAAACCCUGAGUUACUCCACCGCCAGCACCCAGACACCACCUGAACUCAACCUACCUGAAGAUGACCUACCGAUUGAAGGCCAGUACCAGCUGGAGUGUCCUGUCAGUGCGGGUGGUCACGUGUUUUCUGGCUCUCAGCCACAGUCUCGUCUGGGUCAGUCCUGCUACCCCCGUGGUACAGCAAGAGGUAUGACGCGUGCAGGCAGGGGUUUGGGUCACUCAUACAGAUCACCUGGUGGCUACAGAGGUGGUUAUGAUGCCUACAGAGUAAAUAUGCGUUCUCCAGGAGGGGGCUUCAUAUCCCAGACCCAUACCAUACACAGAGACCCUGCAUCUGCCCUUUAUGUGUCCAGAGAGAACGGGUAUCAGCAGAGCUUCAAACGAGGUGGAGGCACAGCAACUCAAAGGAGCAGUGCCGGUUGGAGUGACUCCUCUCAGGUGAGCAGCCCGGACCGGGAGGGUGCGUAUCCCCUCGACUCAGGAAUCAGUGACACACUCUCCAUCUCGCCAAUGGAAGUGCCCAUCACGCCCCAGGGCCCGCACACUCUGAUGCCCGUACACGUGUACCCGCUCGCCCAACUCCGCGUGGCCUUCUCUGCCGCCCGCACGGCAAACUUUGCCCCUGGCACUCUGGACCAGCCAAUCGCUUUUGACCUGCUGCACACCAACCUCGGUGAAAUGUUCGACACGACCACAGGCCGCUUCACCUGUCCCGCUGCCGGUGCUUACGUCUUCAUCUUCCACAUCCUGAAGCUGGCCAUCAGCGUACCCCUAUACAUCAACCUCAUGCGCAACGAAGAGGUGAUGGUGUCUGCGUACGCCAACGACGGUGCUCCAGACCACGAGACGGCCAGCAAUCACGCUGUCCUCCAGCUGUUCCAGGGCGACCAAGUGUGGCUGCGACUGCACCGUGGUGCCAUCUAUGGCAGCAGCUGGAAGUACAGCACCUUCUCUGGUUUCCUGCUAUACCAGGACUGAAUAUCUCUCUCUAAAUAGGCACAGAAAGGGGCAUUUUGGAUGUUUUUUGAAAAUUACUCUGCACUUUAUUGCGCUUUCGGUUACGCAUGGUGCGAUUGCAUGUCUGAAAGAUCAUGUUCAAUAGUACAAAGUCAGUGUUAAAGCUAAUGCAAGAUGUUUGCUGGUGAAAGUUUACAAAGGUUUUCCUGGGUUCUUUUUAUUUAUAUUAUUAUUAUUAUUAUUAUUAUUAUUACUAUCAUUAUCAGUAUAUUUAAGUUUUUUCUUUUUCUUUUCAGAUUUGAGUGUUUACUGUGUACUUGGAUGCACAUACACUUAACCCAAAGUAGCUGCAUUUAGUUUGCACUAAAUUGAAAUCCUAACAUUCAGAAGCAUCUUCUGGUGUUCGUUCAAUGGCCUUGUAUGCUCAUUUGUUCAUUUUAGAUGAGAUGGAGAGAUUUGCCAGCCAUAUAAAAGUUUGCAAAAUGGUGCCUUUCUGGUUUUUGGGGGGGGUCGCUGAACACGUGCAUCGCUUUGCAAGAAUGGAGGAUUUUUUUUCUGGUAAUACUUGACAUGUUGAGCACUUUAAAAAGGGAAUUAGUGGCCUUGUUGGGGUUUUGGGGGGUGUGUGUUAAUCUGUGUGUUUGUCUGUGAAAAAUACUGAGUGAUCACUUGAACACUGACUCUGCCGAGAAGGCGUUUAGGCCAAAAUUGCUCCCUCUUGUGCCUGAAAUAAAAAUGUGCAGUUCA